AUGGGCAAUGCUCUCUCUCAAUCGUUCCCUCCCAAGUCUCUCUUCUUGGUAGAACAGAUUCCCGAUCUCACCGGUCAGGUCAUCAUUGUGACUGGUGGUAAUGCUGGUGUAGGAAAGGAAACAUGCAAGGCAAGUCGCUUGGCGCUACUCAAUAAGAACGCCAAAGUGUACCUGGCUGCGCGCAGCAAGUCUAGGGCUGACGACGCUAUCGAAUGGCUGAAGAGCGAGACGAACGGGAAAGCGCCAAUCUUCUUAGAGCUCGACCUUGGCAAUCUUGCCUCAGUGCGCAAAGCGGUGGAGGAUUUUAAGAGCAAAGAGCAGGAGCUGCAUGUGCUGUUCAACAACGCCGGUGUUAUGAUGCCACCUGUGGAGCAACGAACAUCUGACGGCUACGAUCUGCAGUUCGGGACAAACGUCCUAGGCCAUUACUUCUUCACUGUCUUGCUCCUCCCUACUCUGAUUCACACUGCCAAGAACUCGCCCCUCGCGAAUGGACAUGCACGAGUGAUCAACACCUCGAGCAGUGCAGUGUACUUUGCUCCCAAGACGGGGAUUGCCUGGGAAACGCUAGGAACGGACGCAUCGAGCAUAUCAGCAUCCAAGAAGCUAGGCACCAACACGCUCUAUGCUCAAAGCAAGCUAGGUAAUGUACUGUUUUCGAAUGAGCUGGCCAAACGUUAUGCCGAUCAGGGAAUUAUUUCGAGCUCACUCAAUCCUGUCGCUGUAGGAAACCUCCAGACAGACCUUCAACGCCAUCUACCGUGGUUAGUUUCGAAGAUUCUAGGGUUAAUGUUCUACCCAGCGAGUUACGGAGCUCUCACUCAGCUAUGGUCUGGUACUACACCCGAUGGCGAGAGCCAUAACGGAAAGUUCCUGAUUCCAUGGGCUCGCAUUGGAGAUGCCGGGCCGAGUAGCCACGAUGAGAAACUGGCGGAGAAACUGUGGGAUUGGCUGGAGGAGCACGUCAAGGGUCAUUAA